UAGUAGCUAAGCUUCCUGCAGUCUCCGCCAGGGUAUGUAUAAGCGCAAAGAACUCUGGGUAAGAGAUUGAUGAACGCGCCCUUGUUCAAACGAGCAUUUCAUCUUCAUGACCAGCACCGAGUAUCGACGUGAUGGAGAGUGACACGACAUUAACCUCGGCUGAGACGGAACAGUGGCUUACUACUCCACUGACUCAAAUUAACGAUGGUCAGGCAACCGCAACAAGUGGCGUGCUUGCCUCCAGGAGAAGUGCUGCAUUACGGCGCCAAAAAAGCCGACUCAUUGGCACAGCUAGUACAAAAAUAGGUGCGAGUAGGAGAAGGACCAGAACUCCGAGAAUACAGACUGAACCUGAAACCCUACUAGCAGCAGAGUUGGUAAAUAAAACCUGGUCUAUCUACAAGGCAUCACCAUUGUACAGUUUCUCGAUCAACUUACUCAAGAAUUACAGCAAGAGCCUAACAGUUGAACUAGAAGCAGCAAUUAAAAAAGGAGUUGCUGUAGGAUUAGACUCUGAAACAACUUGCAAAGCAACCUUCUCUGUGUUUGAAGGGUUUGCAUAUGAUCAAGAUGGAGCGCAAUCAGUAAAACUAUCUGUAUCUGCGAAACGGAAGCAGAUUUCUGACAAUGAACCCAGUGAGGUAUUGACUCUGCUGCUCACAGGAAGAAUGAAUGAUGCAUCAAAAUCAAUAUCGGGCUCAUUCACCUGUUGUCCCGUGAUGCUGACGAGAGGCCAGGUGAUGUUUACAGACAUUGUAAUGGCCUGGAUGCAGAAUCAGUUUGAUUGCAGUAUCUAUCGUAUGAGCUUUUCACAAUACCAUCUGGCAUGGAUGGUUGCCAUGUGGGCAGGUAUACUGCCAGAGAAUACUUCACCAAAAUCAGUCAUGCUAGUUUACUCAGUACCGGAGACAGAAGGUGUAGAUACACUAACACUGAGCAUCAAUCCACAUGACUGCAAGAGGCUCUGGGUGAGCGUUCACAAUGCCGAUUCUUCAAGCUUCCUGGAAAGUGAGGUGCACACGUUUCACAAGAGCCUAGAGUUACAUUUCUACCAGCAUUUCAAGAUACAUCUGUCUUGCAUGCAGCUUUCAAGCAUAGGGACACCAAUAGUGUUUGUGAGUUCGGAAGGAAAAAUGAAGAUGUACUCAGUGGAGCAUGUAGACAGUGUACUGCAGUUGCUGGUGGAUCUCAUAGUUGAAGAAUACCCUGACCGACUGCAGGAGAGCUUGUAGACCUUGUGCCUUAGCUCCCAUAUCAGUCUGACGAUGGCGCAUACAAGAUCAUGCAGAAUACUACAGAAUACAUGCAGAUGUACCGUGGCAGUCCCAAGUGUAAAAGCUGCUUAGUAUAUGUGGCCACACUGACCUUAUAUACCAACUUUACGAUGGAGAUUUGGUUGUGUAAUGGCGAUCUUGAAUGUAUUCUGCUUAGAUGUCGUGACAGACGUACAAAGAAAUAAAAAAAAGUGUAAAAUUUAAAACA